AUGAUUAUGUCCGAUCUUCCGCAUGAUAUACUAGAGGAAAUACUCUCCAGGGUUCCCGCCACAUCUCUGAGACCAUUACGAUAUACUUGCAAACUAUGGAACGCUCUGUUCAAAGACCAAGGAUUCACCAACAAGCACUUUCGUAAAGCACCAAAGCAGUCCCUGGUUCUCAUGUUGAAGGAACAUAGAGUUGUUUCAACGAGCGUCAAUCUCAACAUCGGUGCUCCAUCUGUAGAGUUUAAAGGUGCACUUGUCCUAAAGGAUUCACAUUCUAAUCCACAACAAGUCGAUAUAUCUUAUAUCUCUUCUAACUGCGACGGUUUGUUGUUAUGCGCCACCAAAGACCACCAUAGACAUGUGGUUUGGAAUCCGUGUUUGGGGGAAACUAAAUGGAUCCAGUCCAAAACUGGUUACGACCGGCGGCACACUAAGCUUGCUCUAGGUUACGUAAACAACAAGUCUUGCCGCAGCUACAAAAUUUUGAGGUGGUACGUGACGACAAAGUUGGUGGGCUUGAAAUAUAUGAGUUUGGCUCUGAUCUUUGGAGGGUUCUUGAUCACGUCGCUUUAG